AUGUUAAUUAAGCAAUUCUAUAGCCUCUUUUAGGUAAAUUAUUGUUAUUUCAAAAUUAUUAAUUUAUAAAUUUAUUAGAAAUUGUAAACAGCUUUAAUGCUCUUAUUAGAUUAUUCUUUAUCCUAAUGGCUAGUUGUACACAACUUUCCAUUACUUCUACUCAAAUAAAUGAUUUAAGGAAAUGAAAAUAUUUUUAUUGUGAAUUUAAUACAUAAUUUUGGUCAAUUUAAUGUAGGGCUUUGCUAAUUUAUAGAAUAUUGUUUUAAAAUGUAAUUAUAAAUAAAAACUAUCCAGAAGCAUUUUUUCUUUUUAUAUAUUUGA